UCCUUCCUUUCUUCAGAUGUGGAGCGGCGGCUGAGGUGCUGCUGUCUAGAGAACUCCUCCGUCUCCUACUGCCUGAAAGUCAAGGGCAGGGGCCAGCCAGGCAGAGAGACAUCGCAGCUGGGCCUGGCAGUGGGGGGCUGGAUGGGGAGGAGAGAUGCGUAGGCAAGGGGGGGCUUUUCAAGAUUAAUGGCUGUGAGACAGUCGGGAGCAGCUGCCUGCAGGGUCUGUGCCUGGAUCUCGGGAGCAGAAGCGGAAAUCUGCUUUUAUCUCUGCUCAAGAUCGGGCAGGGUUGUAAAGACAGAGAAAUGGCAGAGCAGCUGGGGGCAAAGGAGGCAGCGACCGUGACUGAGCAGUCAGCAAAUUGACAAAAACAAGUGUCAUGCGUUUUCCCUUCCCACAUGCUACUGCCCAUUUGGAACACACGCGCGCGAACACAGAACACAUUCAGAGGACAAGCUGUUGGUUGCUUCCCUCCAGCUGCAGGCAGACGUGUCACAGAUCCAACUGGCAUUUCUUAUUGAAAAUUUCAGCAGAGCAGCCAGUGCCAGGAUGAGCUCUGGGGACUGGGGAAAAGCCAAUGCCACAGGAGGGAAACCUCUUGGGCAGCAGCUUGGGGGACUGCCACCCCAGCUUUGGGAAACUGUCAGGGGAGUUCAGUGGAGCCAGCAACUGCCACGCCGCCGGGACAUGGGUCUGAGAAUAAUGUUCUUUGUGAACUUCCCCUCCGCCAAGCAGUACUUCAGCCAGUUCAAGCACAUGGAGGAGCCCCUGGAGAUGGAGCGGAGCCCCCAGCUGCGGAAGCACGCCUGCCGGGUCAUGGGGGCCCUCAACACGGUGGUGGAGAACCUGCACGACCCCGACAAGGUGUCCUCUGUGCUCGCCCUUGUGGGCAAAGCCCACGCCCUCAAGCACAAGGUGGAGCCCGUGUACUUCAAGAUCCUCUCUGGUGUCAUUCUGGAGGUGAUCGCCGAGGAAUUUGCCAAUGACUUCCCACCCGAGACUCAGAGAGCCUGGACCAAGCUGCGUGGCCUCAUCUACAGCCACGUGACUGCUGCCUACAAGGAAGUGGGCUGGCCCACCGGCCACACUGCCCUCUUCGGGGCCGUAGGGCCCCUCCCACAACCCCCUCCCUGGCAGCACCUUGAGCAGAAGGCCGAGUUCUGAAGACCCUCCUUGACCCUCCAUUUCUGGGUGCCAAGGAAGCUGGAGGAAUCCCUGACUCGACUUCCCGGAAGGAGGCCUCUGCCACGCUGCCGUCCCCCUGGAGCUGCCGGGAGGCGGUGCUGGCUGCCUGGAUGCUGACCCAGCGCGGCGGGCGGGGGCCCUUCCUCCUUGCAGGCCGGGCCCACUCUUCUUAGCUUUUCUAUUCACUGUUAGAGAGAGACCUAGCUGAGCGCUGGUCAGCUGGCGGGAAGCGGGGACAGGAGUCACUCUGGGGUAGACCGGCCCCGUUUCUAUGUGCCCGGCCAGCAUGCAGGUCUUCAUGUCACCAUCUAGAGCAUCACGCGCACAUCUACCGUAUAUACAGAUAUAUUCUAUAUACAGUCUCUAUGUAAACAUAUACACACAUAUACACACGGACAUAUCUAUAAUGUGUAUCUGCGGGGCCCAGAAGCCUCGGUCUGCCCACCCACGUGUGGUGCAGAGAGGGGUCCCGGGCGAGCAGAGAACCAAGUGUUCUGGCAGAGGAGGAUGCCCCACAGCAGUGCAGAAAGGGUCUGGCCUGGAUGGACAGGGCUGGGGUGAGCCGGCUUGCCUGCCAGACCCAGCCCAUCCUCUCUGACCAGCUCCCCACAUCCCCACUUUGCGCUUCCAGGCAAAAGGCUCUGGCUCCCCCCUCUCCCUCGAAGGAUCUGGCUCACUGAGUUGCCCAGCAUGGGUCAGGGCAGACAGAGGGGGCCCAGAAGUUCUGGGCAGGGUGGCCACGCUGGAGAAGGGGACUUAGUACUAAGAAACCUCGAAUGCCAGCUCCACCUGCCUUUGCCACGAAGUCAGCCCUGGGGGUAUCCAGGCUGCUCUGGCAGCUGGACGACAGGACCGGAUGCCUGGGUCUCACCCUCAGCGCUGGGGGCCGAGCACCCUGCCCUCCCCGCCCCUCCUCUGUCCAUCCAUCCGUGUCAGCCUUGCCAGGGAUGCCCUACGUGUGCCCCUUGGUCACGUGUAUCGUCCUCAAGGAUGUUUUGCUGCUGUGGCUACUGUGCCUGUGUCCCCCGCCCCCUGUCCCAUCCCCAUGCCGCCAUCCACGUAACUGCCUGUCCUUUUGUAGAUCUUGAUGUUUGUAACCAGACCCAGCUGUGUCAUUAAACAGACCCAUUCUUGCUGUA